CCAUCAUCACACUCUUUUCCCAUUUUGCAGAGAUGAUGGGGAGAUCGCCUGGAAGUGAAGAUAAUGGCCUUAAGAAAGGGCCAUGGACGCCCGAGGAAGACCAGAUUCUCGUCGAUUACAUUCGGAAACACGGGCACGGAAGUUGGAGAGCACUUCCGAGCUUAGCCGGAUUGAACCGGUGUGGCAAAAGUUGCAGGCUUCGAUGGACUAAUUAUCUCCGGCCUGAUAUCAAGAGAGGCAAGUUCUCCGAUGAGGAAGAGCAAACCAUCAUCAAUCUUCACGCGGUUCUUGGCAAUAAGUGGUCUGCGAUAGCGAGUCAUCUACCCGGAAGAACGGAUAACGAGAUUAAAAACUUUUGGAACACGCAUUUGAGGAAGAAGCUACUUCAAAUGGGGAUCGAUCCGGUGACUCAUGAGCCGAGGACCAAUCAUUUCGACGUUCUAGCUAGCCUGCCGCAGUUGCUUGAUGCUGCCAACUUCAAAAACAUGAUGAACAAUCAUCCUUUGGAUAUCAAUGCUCUCAGGCUACAAUGGGAUGCCGCAAUGCUGACCAAGCUCCAUUUGUUGCAUAACAUGGUUCAAAUCCUCGGCAACCCUUCGACGAUCGAAGCGAUGAACCUUAUAUCCGGACCAACUUUCCCAGAAAAUCCACAGCCCGGAGCGAAUACCGGUAAUCUUCCAUUCGGCAGCUUUGCCCCGAUUGAAGUUACGAAAUUGCAGUCGAAUUUGAUCAACUUGGAGGCUUGUCAACAACAAUAUCAACCAAAGUUGAGAGAAUAUCAGCAGCAGCCAAUGAAAGACUCAUCAUUUGCUGUCAAUGUUCCAACUUCGAGUACUCCUCCUGAUCCUCAUCAGCUCCCGGCAUUGAUUUCGGCCUCGCCGCAACAUCGACCCACCGUCGUCGAAAACAAGAUUAACCCGAACAAGAUCUCUAACCCUUCAUCCCCUUCAACUAACUUUGAAGUUUGGGGAGAUUUAAUGGAUGAUGUAUCAAGUGACCAUUACUGGAGGGAUAUUAUAGACCAGGCAUCAUCACAGUCAUGGUCCAUCUCUUAGUUAAGUGAAGCUUUCGUAUCGGAUAUAUAUUUAAAUUAUCGAUAACCUACUAUUAUUUAAGUAUUUAAUCAAGUUUCCAGUUCGAUAUC